GAUUAUUGUGCUACCAUUAAAAAACUAGCUUAAUAUUUAUUUUUUUUUUGAGGGAAAAAAACUAGCUUAAUAUACACACAAUGCAUAUGAAAAAAAAAAGAAAAUUAAAUUAAUUAUCUAGAUUGUAGAAGAAUUUUGUUUGCUUUUUAUUUAAUUUUAAAAUUGUUGUUCAAUUUAAAUGGUCUACUUUUUUAUUAAUUUUUUGCCUUUUUUCAUUCAAAAUGAAGCAGGUAGUUAUCUCUUUUUUAUUUCAUCCUUUUUCCUAUUGGUGUUUCUCAUGUGUUGCAAUAUAUACUAAAGACUAGUGUUAUAUGCACGCGAUGCGUGCGAAAACGUGUAGCAAACUUAGUUAAUUGCUAAUUGUAUUUAAGAAAUUAGGCAUCUUUAAUUUUCUAAUCAAUUUAUCCCCCUAAAUCAACAAUAUUUAAUUUUUUUGAAAAAAUUUAGUUCAGAGGAAAGUAACUAAUUGUGUUCUAAAUUCUUAUCUUUUGUGGUUUCUUUUUUAUCUUUUUUUUUACAAUAAAAUAGGUAACUUACAUCCUUUUUUUUUCCUUUUUCUAUUUUUUCGUGUCAUACCCCUGUUGCCUUAAAAUAGAGACUUGUUACGUGGUGCUCGACUAGUAAAUACAUGGUUAUCCCUCAAUAGGUUCUUCAAUGGAGACCUGUGCAACGAUGUCCUACUCAGGUAAUUAUGAUCUCGAGCUUCUUUCCCGAUAAUCCUGCAAAAAAGAGACCUACCCUGAAGGUUUGGGUGGUGGCUCCCCCUCCGAAGCUUAAAUCAAGUAUCAUGUGUGAUAAAGAAAGUAGAGAUAGAGAGAGAAAGUGAGAAAGAAUUUUCACAGAGUAUGUGUACACACUGUUCAAAAUGUUACAUUUCUCUUGAUUUUAAGGGAAUAUUUAUAGUAUUUGGGGUCUGAUUGAUGUACUUUGAGGUCACCUUAAUUUAAGGACACCUGAUUGGUUAUGUAAUCAGAGCCUGACACGCGGCAAAUAAUGAUUGGGUGACAAAUAUCAACCAAUCAUAUACAACAGUUUCUUGAGAUUUAGGCCUGGAUAUUCUACUAGACCAAAAAGGUGGGCUAGUACCUUUUCUCAGUGAAAAUCAAUACUUCAGCAUUAUUCCUUUCCUCUGUACUUCUUCUUUGAGAGGAGACACGUGGAUGCUCCAGAUGGAUCCACGUGUACCUUGGGGAGCCGUUGAGUUUCAGGCUAUAACAAGACUAGUCUUGGGAGCUAUGCGUGCGAAAUUAUUAUCAUCCUAGAUUAAUUUUUUUCUUUUUUUUCUUUGUUUAUUUUUAAGUAUCCCCUAUGUAUUGCCUUAUACAAAUUUGUACUACUAUUUUCAUGAUUUCUAAUAAAAAAAGUAGUAUUUUAAGAGAUAAUAACUACCACCAAUUGAUGAUUUCUAAUAAAAAGUCGCUUUUCAAAAACAUUUUGUUGCAAUAAAGCUUAAGUUUCGCCAUUGUGGUUAACAAAAAUUUUCUCUUUGAUUAAAAUUUAGUGGGUGUAGAAUAAAUAAAUAAUAGGGUGAAGAUAGAAAAAUGGCGACUUUGAAUGAUUUGAUUGGUAUUUUGAAGAUUAGAGUGAUAAAAGGCACGAAUCUUAUUGCCAAAGAUAUAAAUCACAGCGAUCCCUAUGUUAUUAUCUCCAUGGGCUCACAGAAAUUGAAAACACGACAUGUUGAAAAUGAUUGCAACCCUGUAUGGAAUGAUGAAUUGACUCUUGCUAUAGCUGAUUGUGAUGCUCCAAUAAACUUAACAGUGUAUGAUACAGAUUCAUUUACCCCUGAUGACCAACUGGGUGAAGCUCAAAUAGACAUUAAGCCAUAUCUAGAAUGUAUGAGGGCACAAUUAAGCGAUAUCUCAACUGACACCAUUGUCGAUAAGAUCCUUCCCAAUAGGAAAAAUUGCCUUACCGAUGUAAGCCAUAUCAUUUGGAAGGAUGGAAAAUUAGUUCAAGACAUGAUUGUUAGGCUUAAAAAUGUGAAAACCGGUGAGGUAGAACUUCAGAUUGAAUGGGUGGAUAUUCCUUCAUAUAAAAAUGGAUCAUGA